AUGGCACCAAAUUUACCAUUAUUGGCCGCAUCGGAAGUCGCCAGACACAACACGAAGAAAGAUUGUUGGGUCACGCUAUAUCUGAGAAAAAUCUACAAUGUCUCCGGCUUUAUUGAUGAGCACCCUGCUGGAGGAGACAUUAUUCUACCAUACGCAGGCAAGGAUGUAACUGAGAUCAUGGCCGAUAUCGCCAGCCACGAGCAUUCGGAAAGUGCUUACGAAAUGCUUGACGAUGGGAUGCUCGUUGGGUACAUGGCCACCGAAGUCGAGGAGCGCGAGCUCAUCAACAACAGAAACAAGACUCCUGUGGAAAUGAAAUUGAAUGGAGGCGAUGCCGAAGAAUUUGACAUGUACGAGUUCCACGACCAUUUGCCCACGUUGGAGAAGUUGUCCAUCCAGACCGAUUUUGAUGAAGAUACAAAGAAGCACAAGUUUUUGGAUUUGAACAAGCCUUUGCUCAUGCAGUUGUUGACUAGCAAUUUCUCAAAGGAGUUUUACCUUGACCAAGUGCAUAGACCUAGACACUAUGGUAAAGGCUCUGCACCAUUGUUUGGCAACUUUCUCGAGCCGCUUUCAUUGACCCCGUGGUGGGUUGUGCCAUUAGUCUGGCUUCCUCCCAACCUUUAUUUAUUUUACCUUGGGUUGACCAACCAGCAUCCUUUAUCUGCAUUGAGCUUAUGGGCCAUGGGGCUAUUCGUUUGGACGUUGGUCGAGUACGGAUUGCACAGGUUUAUCUUCCAUUUGGAUGGAUACUUGCCCGACCACCCAUACUUUUUAGGUUUGCACUUUUUGUUGCAUGGAAUCCACCACUAUUUGCCCAUGGACGGCUACAGAUUGGUGCUUCCACCCACCUUGUUUGUUAUCUUGGCAUAUCCGUUCUAUAGGUUGAUUUUUGGAAUCUUUCCAUUUUACAUGGCGUGCUCAGGGUUCGCCGGGGGAACUUUGGGGUACAUCAUGUACGACGUGACCCACUACGUCUUGCACCACACCAAGUUGCCUAAAUAUUUCCAAGAUUUGAAAACGUACCACUUGGAGCAUCAUUACAAGAACUACGAAAUGGGAUUUGGUGUUACGUCCAGGUUCUGGGACGUGAUUCUCGGAACCGAGAUUGACGGCACUUAUGAGAAAAGAAACUAG